CACCCCCGCAAGAACGCCUCGCCCCUCCCAGAAAAGCGCCCUCGCGCUCGAGCGCAGGCGCAGUUGGCAGUACGGUGCCUCCGGAGGUGUGGGCGGGCCUGGCUAGUCGGUUGGCUUGUUUGUUUUGGCUGCUGGAGCUGUUGGGGGCCUGGCAGAGCGCGCAGAGGGGAGGAAGCGCAAUGGAGCCUCCAUGAGCAGCAGGCGCUAUCCACCUGCCGCCUCUGUCUUAAGGGGACUCGUCGGCUCCGCUUUCCUCUGCCUUGCGCGGACUAUGAGCCUACGAGGGGCUCCGGUUACUUGCCUGUCGGGGCCCUCGGGCGGCGCUGGAGGAGGCGGUGGCGGCGCUGGAGGAGGCGGUGGUGGUAUCUUCGGCGGCGGCACUUCCUCGUCCUCCUCGCCCCGACUCAGCCUGCCGUGGCUGCGGCUGCCUGAAGUGCCGGGCGCCGAGCCUUUCAAAGCCAAUGACGUACUACUGCUUCUGCCACCCUCUGGCCCUUUGCUGGAGCCGCCUCAGCAUCAUGUCGUCUAUUUCCCUGGGGACGUGCAGAACUAUCGUGAAAUCAUGGUUUGCCAUCCAGAAAAUUUCCAGUGGGAACAAUGGUGCUUAGAAAACAUAGCUGCUAUUCUUGGUCGUCAUUUCCCAGAGAGUUACAUUUGGGUUAUAAAAUGUUCCCGUAUGCAUUUGCAUAAAUUCAGCUGCUAUGAUAAUUUUGUGGCAAGCAAUAUGUUUGGAGCACCUGAACACAGCACUGACUUUGGAGCCUUCAGACAUCUUCAUGCUUUACUAGUUAAUGCAUUUAAACUUGCUCAAAACAUUCUGCUGUCUCAGAAAAGUAUGUCCGAAUUCAGCAAAGAUGCAGAGACAGUUGCUUGUCAGUCACCUACUGUUGCUACUACUAAUGGAUGUCCAACAAUAGAAAGGGAGAGAGUGUGCAAGUACUUAAACAGCUCUACCAUGAACUUUGUUGAGCCUUCUGUUAUUGGUGAAGUAUCGUUCACUUUAAUAGGGUUCAGUAAAGGCUGUGUUGUCUUGAAUCAAUUACUUCAUGAACUAAAGGAAGCAAAAAACGACAAGGACACAGAUGCCUUCAUAAAAAACAUAAAAGCAAUUUACUGGCUCGAUGGUGGUCACUCUGGAGGAAGCAAUACUUGGGUGACCUACCCUGAUGUACUGAAAGAUUUUUCAGAGACUGGGAUUUCAGUUAAUGCUCAUGUUACACCAUACCAGGUAUUUGAUACAAUGAGGGCAUGGAUUGGAAAAGAGCACAAGAGAUUUGUACAAAUUCUUGAGGAGCUUGGUGUGAAUGUAAAUAAUCAGCUUCAUUUUGCUGAUGAAGCACCUUCCUUAGACAAUCACUUCAGAGUUCAUGAAGUAUUCUGACACGGUGAAUAUAUCAAAAUACUGCAAAAAUACAUCUUAAACUUUGACUUGACAGUUUAUGUAUGUGCUUCUCCUAAGCCCUGAAAGGGCUUAAUACUAUGUGUGCUAAUGUUUACUUUUUAAGACUCUUACUAAAGCCAGUCUUGCUUUGCUUUUGUGGUUGAGGAGCCACAACAGAUCUCUGGCUUAAAGAUAAGUCCUUUUCUGAUUGAGACCAUAAGAUUCCUGAGGAAAAGCAACAGCAGAUCAUCUGAACUUCUUUUCUUAACAUCAGUUGGAAAGCUUGCCUAAUGUUUUCUUUACCUAUAUUGGAUCCUAAAAUGCUUGGGAAGAGUUACACAUAUUUAGGCAUUAAGUAUUUCUGAAUGAACAGCCCCUGUUAUUUAGAAGUCAUAUUUCUAGAUUUCAAGAGCCAUGCGAUUACAACUUUGGGUAACAUUGAUAACAUUGGUUUUAGCACUUUGGCAUAGCUGUAGCACAAGUAAUGCAGUAAGUUGGUUAUGUUGAUGCAGUCCAACUAAUUACAGUUUCCAUGGAAAAUAAGGUGCAUAACUACUAUACUGUGGCAUCGAAGAUGCUCUGCAAUUUCUAACCGUUGCAGAACAUCUACUAGUAAAUAGCCUUUUUUAGACUUAAAGAGUAUUAAACAUAUGUUUUUAUGUGACCAAGAAUGUAUGAUCUUACUCGUGAUUCCACAUUCCCUAUUACUGUAGAAGCUUGAUAUAACUUAAUACAUUUUUGAUCUUUUAUAUUGUAAAACUGUCAGGCACUUUGUAAAAAUUGUGGCAAAUAGUUUUUGCUAAAAGUCAAGUCACAUAUCUACAGGUUGCUAAUAUUGCAGGUUAUAGCAAAUCUUAGAAUAAUGUUAGUUGUACCAGUGUUUGGAACAGUUCAUAAUAGGGUGAUUACCAUCUGAUAAUAGAGGAACACCAAGAGAGUUUUUAUGUAAAACAGCAACCUCUGACAGAGCAAGACCACCGCAGUGUACACAGCCUUAAUGCCCAUCUGGUUAAGAAUUUGCUUAGAGUGAUCACUAAAGCUACUAGAGCAGCAUUCAGUAAUGGCUGAUUAAGGAGUAUCUUAUUAACUGUUAGGAACUUGUCUUUUGCUAAACACUUUAUUAUGUGAAAACAGAACUGCAAAACAAAAAACUAGAAUUGACCUAAAUUUCUUAAGGGUGCAAUCCCACUUGUAGGAGACUGGCAGAAGCAGAGCUGGAGGAAGAGUCUUUCAUGUCCAACCUCUGUUCAGGUGCCACUGCAAGGGGAGGAUGUUGGCUGCGCUAGCAGGGCAAAGCAGAAGGAAAUGAAAUACAUGUUUUGUUCCAUCACCCCAUUCCCAUUGUAAUAGCUGCUGGGAUGGAGGACCGCAGGACUGAGCUGAACGGGCUCAGGAUGUGAUAGAUAUACCCCUUCCAUCGGUUCCACCCCUGACAUGCCCCUGGAAUGCCCUUGUUUGGGCCUUGCACCAGUCUCAGUGGACCCCGGCUAUGCCCUGGCAGUGAUGGAGUUCCCUGGCUGCAUUAGAGGGGGAGACUUCUGCCAGCUGAGCCCAAGAGCACCAACAUCCUCCACAGUAUCCUGCAGCCCCUAACCAGGUGGAUUGUGCCUUAAGCAGCUGUAACACGUAUGUAAUUCUUUCUGUUCUUAGAAAACUUAUAUAAAGAACAUUGGCAAGAGACAUGGGAAGGGGAUGGUAAUCAACCUGGAACAACAGUCAAUAAUAAAACUCUCGUAGCUCCUGUUAAAACAAAAUAUUGUAAUUUUUUGCUUUGGCAGAAAUCUCUUCUGCUUGCACAAAUCGGGGCAUAUCCCACUCUAUUCUGGAAAUUCCCCCAACUCUCAGCAGCUUGUUGAGGGAUGGGUUAAGUGGAAAGUUGUUACCCUGACUGCAAAAGUGGAAGUGCUUUCUGCCAAGGAAAAGCCGUCACUGGAUGCAACCCAGCGUAGACUUCAUGACUUUUGAUCUUGAGUAAGCUAUAUAAGUGAUACACUCUACAGUAUUCAGUUACAAUGACACAGAUGGAAAAUGAGUUUGAUGCUUUUAUAAGAACCUGAAACAACUUCUCUUCAUCCAUGAUGGACAUUUCUCCUGAUCCGUUGGUUCCUUAUUGGCACUCGAGAGGUUGCACGCUGACCCCUCUUGUAUUCAGGAGCACAUGAAAAGAGGUGUACAUGUGAAUGUAAAUGGUGAAGCCAGCUUCUGUGGACACUCUAAGCCCGCCACCCCAAGUGUGCACAAACCUCUUGAUCAGGAUUUUUUUAUGUAGCCAGGAUUGAAUGUUAGCAGCACUUUUGCAGUUAAUACAUUCCAUUCAGAUGUUUCUGUAGCACUUUUGAAUUAAGAGAAGUAAGCAAAGUUUUUGCACUUCAGUGUGUGGAGUUCACUUUACAAAAUAAUGAAAAGCCAUCUCUGUUGUUCAGGUGGCUUAACUAUCUGUCUUGUGACCAGAAUAUCCAGAUUUUUGCAGUCACAGUUCCAGUAUAAAAUUGAAAAGGAAGUUGCCCAGAACAGUGGGUAAGUUGUAUUGUUUGGGAAAAUACCUUAUGUUCCUAAGAAUAACUGUUUCAGUGUAUCAGCAUGUGAAGUUGGUUUUCUGUGCCAAUAAAUAAUUUUUUCAAUGUGGCAUACAGAACCUGAUGUUGGCCUUGUGAAAGCUGCUUUUAUGAAUAAGCAUUUAGUUUUUCCUGCAAUAGGUGUUGACAUAUUUUGAAAGGGUUCUUCUAAAUGAUCCUCCACUACCAUCUCAGCAUAGGUAAGCUAGGUACUGUGCUUGGUUUCUUAAGACUGUGCCUCUGUUAUAAAAAAUGAGAGCCAUGCAGAUAAUGUAAUAUGGAAAAUAGCAUUAAAUAUAGAUAUAGUUGCACAGUAAACUGUGUUGAUAUUUGCCAAACUGGUUAAGAGUACUUUAUACAAUGGCCACUCAUGUGGCAUUCAGUAUUUGAUUUCUACAUAGUGCUAAGCCUCUUGUUCAAUCAGCACAAGGAUUUUUCCUUGCACAAUGGAAUGUUCUUCCCCUGUGCCCCCCUAAAUCUGUUUUGGGUUUCUCCACAGCCCUCUGGAGCAGAUUUGGGGCAGUAUGGGAGGAGGAGAAGGGGGAAAGUCACAUUGUGCAAAUGGAACUCAUUCUCACAAAAUAUUUAGUUGAGUUACGAAUUCCACCCUAAGUUUCAAACAUUUAAUAUAAACUUCUUGAAAUCUCAAUUCACCAUUCUAACGAAAUCUGAAAAUAGUUGUAGCAGUGAAAAAACUAUGUUACCAGUUAUUCCAGUUAGCUGUUCUGAUUGUUUAUUAGAUGUCUAUUUUACAAUGCAACACUUAAGAAAUUAUUAUUAUUAUUAUUAAAUUUAUUUCUACCCCACCUUUUGGCCAAAGGCCCUCAAGGCGGCUUACAAAAAAUAGGCACAAGCAUAAAAUACAUCAAUGAAGGCAAUACAAUUUACAAAAAUUAAAUAUUAUUUUAAAAAAGCAAUUACAUUAUUAAAAAACAGCAAUUUGAUGACAUAAUUUGUACAUUGCCUACUAAGUACUUUAAUAAAGCUGCCUGUUUUAAAAUGUU